AUGGAGAACGACGAGCCGACCCCAGCCACAACAAGGCCCACUAGAAGGCGGCACAAAAAGGUCUUCUCUGGCUGCUGGACAUGCCGCAGCAAGCAUAUCAAAUGCGAUGAAGGAAAGCCCACCUGUAAAAGAUGUGAGAGGUCCGGUAUUACCUGCGAGGGCUAUGGCGUGCGGCUGUCUUGGUCAUCACAUCGGGAUCUUACAAAUUUUCAAGAGUCCCCCAAAAGAUCAUCCCCAAGAGUCUCGGGAAGAAGGGGAUCGACAAGAAAAUCGAGGACUACAAGCCCUCAACCAAUCAAUAACGCUUCUACACAAAAUGACAAAACGCCAACCGAAACAUCAUCUACUACAAGAGUGCCGGAUGAAGACGAUAGGCUUGGAAACACUGCUCAGAACAAUCUACACGCCGGGUCUCGCUUCCAGGUUGGCAUCGACAGCCCCGAAGUGGGGACUCCGGCAAAUCCAGUAGAAUCGCCGGCGAGUUCCAGUCAAUGGGAUCCUGUUCGUGGUUCCCUAUCUGCCGUAUGGAAUAGGACAACCCUUCAACCAAACAAUGGUGCUGCAAUCCAUUCACCCGUAUUUCAAACUGAAAGUUUAGCUCAAAACGUCAUCUCACUUCCCCAAGACCCUAGUCCGCGACCCAACACAGAAUCAUCCAACCCCUACGCAGACAUCUCGUGGCUCCCUCCUCCACAACAGCCGGGUUCGUGUUCCUCUAAUUCUGCAGUUCAGUCGCCUGCCUCGUCGGAGCGUCGGAAAAGGCAUCUAGACAGCCUUUCAGAUCAUGCAAGCCGAUCCAAACUCCUGGAGCACUGGGAUCUUCAUGUGUGCGAUGCCUUGAACCCGAUAUCAGGAGCCACCAACCCGGCUCGCACGAUUUUCACACCUUUGGCUCUUCAAGGAGCUCGCGAAGACGCAACUGUUUCUACCGGGGCUGUUGCCUUGUUUCAUUUAAUUUGCUCUUCCUCAGGAUUCCAUCUUGCCAGGGCAGAGGCAACAUCUGGGACAAGGAACAAAUAUGAGCGGCUAGCCCUUGAGCAUCAGAACCUUGGAAUAACUCACCUAAGCCGAAACAUUCAAUCCGAUGAUGAGAAUCAAUACAUAGCAGUUCUUGCUUCGCUUAUCAUGUGUCUGCUCAAUGAGGCCAUCACCGUUUACGACCCUUUCUGGCGCUUACAUAUCCAAGGUGCGGUCGAAUGGGUGAACCAUGUUGGCCGUGAAUAUUGGCACCAUGAUGAGACGGCGGCUACCAUUUAUCAGAUGUUCAUCGGUAUGGGGAUAUUAAUCCAAUCCCAGAUCCUCCCAGGCGACCGCAGUGGCUAUGGCUGGGACCUUUGCCACGCAUUCGAGACACAACCCGGACCAUACUGCUUGGACGUGAUAAUGGGCAUACCGCAACCCAUCCUAGAGGUGAUUCAUACUAUGAACCGCAUCCAGCAAAGCUCCCAAAAAGGACCAAAUCCAAAUGAAGACCAGCCCAGUCAGCAAGAAAUGGAUCACAACUACAGCCUUGACUCUCUCGAAUUUGAGCUCUUCCUGAUGGUUCCAAAGAGGUCAAUAUCCCCUCACGCUAGUCCUGAACAUGGCCUUCGCAUUUACCAUAUAGGAUACGCGUACUACUACGCCACGCUGCUCUACCUAAAACGGACUAUGAAAUCGGUGCCUAUCCAAGAGGUUCAAUCGCUGGUCAAGCAGGGCUUGGAACACAUCGAAGCACUCGGGGCGACCAACGGCCCGUCGUCGCCGAACCUGUGGCCGAUAGCCAUCAUUGCUUUUGAGGCUUACGAUCCUCAGUUACAGCAACGCAUGAUUAGAUGCCUGGAAGAACUGGCCAAAGUUUCAAAGUUGGAGGUGUGGGACAAGUUUUCAAUAGCGGUUCGAGGAUUGUGGGCUCGACGCCGAAGUCCUGGAGAGACGAAUCUCAGCUGGCACGCAUAUUCUCCAGUGUUUUACCAUAAUUACAUAUUUAUUUAG